ACUCAGAAAUAAGGAAAAGACUAUUUAUUAUUUUUCAUUUAGAUUUAGAAAAUGUCACAUAUAUCAAGACAGUCAAAAACACCUCAACUUCCUGUACUUUAUGUGAAAAAUUUAAGUUUUAAAGUAUCUACAGAAGAACUUUUCGAUCUUUUUGGAAAAUUUGGUCCAAUAAGGCAAAUUCGAUUAGGAAAUGAUAAUACAACACGUGGAACUGCAUAUGUUGUCUAUAUUGAUUAUAAUGAUGCAAAAAUGGCAUGCGAGAAACUCAACGGCUUCAAUUUUUCAGAUCGAUAUCUUACAGUACUUUAUCAUCAACCUGAAAAAAUAUCCGGAAAAACAGAUACAGCUGAAGAUAUCGCGUUAAGACAAGCCAAUCUUGAAAAACUUAAGCGAGAAUAUAAUAUUGAAUAGCAUUGUAUAUAUCUAUAAUAAAUCAUGCAAUAAAUACAUUUUUUUA